GUGAAACGUCAGAAACAGCAUACAGGCAUCGCCACGUAAUUACGGGCUGCUAUUAUGGUCCAUCUACUCUCCCAGGAGUCUCAGAGUUUCAUUUACACCCUGGCUGGUGCAGGCAGCAUCCGCAGCGUGCCAGCGUGAGCCUCAUUUGAAGUGCCAGAGCAAGAGAGAAGCAGAAAGAGAGUGAGAGAAGCAACGAGAGAGAGAGAGAGAGCGAAGGGAAAGAAAGAGAGAGAGAGAGUCGACCGAUUCUCACUGAGAAAAAGCAAUAGUUCCAAGAAAGGUGCCUUAGCCAUAGCAGAGCCAGUUUCCCAGUGCCUUGAGCCCUGAGCUGAGCCAGCUUUAUGCACACACGAGCGCAUCUGUUCGGCAUCAGCUAAGCUCAGUCAGUUGCGACCGUGAGUCAACAGGAGUGGGAAGUGGGGAGGACUUUUUAAGAGGACUUCUUGAAAACCCAGGUGCAGGACGCUGUGAUUUUAUAUGGAGACUAUAUUUGUUGUUUAUGCGCGUGUAUGGAUGGACCGGAUGCGUAGAGAUUUGUGAUCGCGGGAAACAAACGAGGGGAAAAGCUUUUUUCUUCUGUCUGUAGAAGUCUGGUUUACCGCCACUGCUGCGUCUGGAUGUGAGCAGCAACUGUGCUUUGCUUGGAAAACUGAGGUUUCUCGGGCUGGUUUCGAGGCGCUGUUCCUGUUCGUGCGUUCUGUGUGCAAGGAUACAUUUGGCUCGCUUAUUAUUAUUGCUCAGUUUUUUCUACUGUAUCCUAUUUCCGUCAUGACUUCUAGCUAUGCACAUGUAAGGGACAGGCAAGCAACGAUAUCAAAUCGCUUGGAGAGUCCGAUUACAUCGAAUCUGGAAAACCUUCAAGCCAAAAAGAACUUCUCGGUGAGCCACCUGUUGGAUCUGGAGGAGGCCAGGGAAAUGGUUGGGACACAGGCGGACGAGAGUGUCGGUGAGGCAGGGAGGAAUAUGCUUGAGUCCCCGGGGCUGACCAGUGGGAGCGACACCACCCAGCAGGAGAGUAAGUGAGAAGUGUACUCCAAGUGCAGCCUAUACACUCGGGACUGAUUAACACCUUAACGCAGAAAUUGAUUAUUAGGCUACAUUAGCAAAUGCAGGCUAGGUCUAUAUAGUGUAAGAUAUAGGAACCCAUUUUGUUAAUAAUUCGCAGAAUAAUCCGCAUGGUUGAAGGUUGAACCCAUUUUGGUGUGCUCCAUCGGUAAUUUGAGUGGGCCUGUUUGGAGAAGAGUUGCAGUGUACAGUGUAAAUACCGUACAGAAUUAUGAACAUAAUACUGCAAGCUACUUUCAUUUAUUUUCAUUAAGUCUUGCCCAGCCUUCUUCUGUUGAAACUAUCGCGCGCAUGGAAGGAGUCCUUCGUGACUCGUGGUAAUAAAUCAUUUCUGACCGCUACACUAAAAACGACCAUUAAUUUACCAUUAACACUUUGAUGUCAACGAAGUAUGGCGAUGUUGGUGGAUAUGGUCAAUAAAAUAAAUAUUAUUGUAAAGUCAAGCUUUACAAUAAUAAAUCAAAACAAACACUACUAUGGAGCCUUCCACAACUGCCUUGAUGACUUAGAUUGGUCAGGAUAGCCUGAAAUGUGGUUUGUCUAUAACUUUUUUUUUUUUUAAUGCGAUAGAGGAGAUGGAAGUACAUUUGGAUACACCCCAUUAAAAGCAAAAGAACACAGCUGGUUUUCCCCAUUCAGCCAUGCGGUGGAGAGAGUAAAUAAACCCCUCAGGUCCCGGGUGAUACGCCCUCAUAUCCAGAGUCAUUUGGAGAGGUUGACAGAAACGUUAGGGUUUAAUGAGUGUUAUUGUUAUUCUACGGGUAAAUCGGACCUCGAGAAGAGGUAUGUGAGAAACGUUGGUAAGGGAAGGCGCGAGGUGAUGUCGUUAAUUCACAGUUAUUUCGCUUGUCAAACAACUUCAGAAUAUUUCUACAUAAUCAUUUGUCAUAAUUAUCGGAUGUGUCCUGUGGACAUGGCUCUGACAAUUACGGGAUCAAAUAACAAAACGUCAUUAGAUCUGCUUGUCAAGAAUAAAUAUGUUCCGUAAUUAAUCAUGUUGGGAUGUUGGUGUAAUGUUUGGUAUUCGUAAACACAUUUGGGCCUAUAGAAAACAAACAAUACACUUGUGAUAUUAGGAGGAGGAACACAUAGCUUGGAUAAUUAACAUCAUGCAAAGCCCAUAAAUCAUCGUUGUGAAUUCUCUCACUUUGAAAAUAUAUUACCAACAAUUUCACACGAGCUUGAACUAUUUCCGCUAAACUAAUGUUUCAUGGUGUCAGAUCGCAGUAGGUUCUAGACUACUAUAAUUUGUUUAAGGCCUAAAUCAUCAUGAUUAUAGGCAUCCGUUGAAAUUGAAUGGUUUUCACCCCACUUACCACAUAAAAGGUUUGUUAUGUGGUUCGAUCAGCCUUCAGUAAAGCAUCUCACUAUUUGUCAGUAUGCAAACAACAACUGCACCUUUAGCCUAAUGUUUUCAGCUCAGAUGAUUAUAUGUCUUAGGCCUUCACAUAAUAACAUGGUUUUAAUGUAUUCCUUUAGCAGGGACAAACAACAUACCUACUGCGUAAAAAUUGGUUGAAUAAACGUUGUUUCCACAUAAUUUCAACAUCAAAUAAUCAAUGUGAUGACGUUGAAUCAACGUGGAAAACUGUUUGGUUUUGCAAAAAGUCAUCAAUGUAAAGGAUUUUCGUUUUUUUUCACCCAACUUGCAACCUAAAUCCAAUGACUUGCAACCUAAAUCAGCAAAAAUGGAUACAAACAAAUAACCUACAUUGAUUAUAUUAUUUUGACAAUCGUUGUGUUGUAAAAAUGUGUAUAUUUUUUAAUGCGAAAUUAUUUCGCCUAAUAAUUAUUUUUGAAGCCCAUUUCUCACGCCCAUUACACAAUGAUACAUGUUAUUGAUAUGAAUAACAUAAUGAUAACACAAAUACCCUUUAAGUGCUGUGAUAUGGUCUGCUGUAGUCCCCUGUAACUCCGUUUUUUAGAGCAUGGCGCUUGCAACGCCAGGGUUGUGGGUUCGUUUCCCACGGGGGGCCAGUAUGAAAAUGUAUGCACUCACUAACUGUAAGUAACUAUAGGAUAUUUACCAUCAAAUACUGUGUAAAAAAAAAAGUUUGAAACUAGACUAUAUAAAAUACAUAUAUUCUGUUUUGCUAAUAAUAUAUAUUCAUCUGAAACCAAUUGUGAAUGCUGUAAAGUUGCAAUUGCACUCAUUUGAAUAGGGCAUUUCGUUGUAAACUAGUGAUGAUAACAUAAGAAAAACUGCCAAGGCAAGCGUAGCAGCAUUACAUUUACAUUUUAGUCAUUUAGCAGUAAAUGACUAAAAUGUAAAUGUAAUGCUGCUACGCUUGCCUUGGCAGUUUUUCUUAUUUUAUCAUCACUAGUUUACAACGAAAGUGCAAUUGCAACUUUACAGCAUUCACAAUUGGUUUCAGAUGAAUAUAUAUUAUUAGCAAAACAGAAUAUAUGUAUUUUAUAUAGUCUAGUUUCAAACUUUUUUUUUUACACAGUAUUUGAUGGUAAAUAUCCUAUAGUUAAGAUACGCACCUUAUACCACUGGAAUUGUUCCCAUUGUCGACUGUGCGCAAUCUGUUUUUGUAUAAUUAGUCUAUCGGCGUAUAUUCCUGAUAUUUGUAUGUUCCUGAUAUAAAACCUACAUCUUUAAAAUGUUGAAAUGGAUAAGAUGCCGAUUUAAUAUUUUAUUUUAGGCCUGGCCUAUCAUAUAUUCUCGUUAGGCACUUCAAAAUAAAUGUUGGGACCUUCUUGAGUCUUUCCAAACUUUCGACCACUAGGCCUACCACAACAAUAGGCUACAGAAAAGGUGGUUGGUAAAAUAAAGAAGUUCAAUAUAUACUCCAUUCUGUGUUGCUUUACAAUAAAAAAGUAUCUUACUAUGAGAAUAGGCCUUUUAUUAUAAACUUUAGAGUGGUUGUUUUUGUGGAUUUGGAAAGGCUUAAUAAUGUCAAAUUGGUAAUGGGUUUCCUCUGAUGGAUGGGCAAAAAAUGACAACAUUGUGGGAACUUACUGUGAACUGUACUAUCCCCCAAAAGAGAUGUGUAGGCUUAAUUUGCAUUCAUACAUUCGCCCACUGUAGCAACAGUAGAAAUGACUGCAUUCUCAGUACAAUAAGGUCAUAGAAGAGGUCAUACAUCCUCUGAGGAGAGAAAUAAAGCAGACAUAGUUGGGGAUUGACAAGAAAAGCCUUCUCUCUCUCUCUCUCUCUCUCUCUCUCUCUCUCUCUCUCUCUCUCUCUCCCUCCGCUCUCCUCUCUCCUCCUCCCUCCUCCUCUCUCUCUCUCUCUCCUCUCCUCUCUCCUCUCUCUCUCUCCUCUCUCUCGUCUCCCUCUCUCUCUCCUCUCGUCUCUCAUCCUCUCUCUCUCUCUCUCUCUCCCUCUCUCUCUCCCCGUGAUGACAACAAACUGGCCAUGUUGACCCAAGGGUUGUAGAAAACUACACAGUGGACACACUAGAAGACAAUAUGGUGCUAUUGACAAGAAGUGUUUAUGUGUACUGUAAGCCUGUGUGUGUGUGUCUGUAUUCAGUAUAUUAUACACAGUAUAAAAUAUAACAUAUAUCUCUAUCAUAGUAUGUUUGUCUGUGUGAACCUACAUGCCUAUAAAUGGACUAAACAAAUGUAGGGUAUAAAAAUACUUAUUGGGAGCAGGCAGCCAACAGCGAGAGGAGGUUUACUGUUUCUGUUAGAUUAUAGAUCAUACUCUAUAGUUAGCCUGUGCAAAGUAGGAUUUCCUUUAGUUAUUUCCUGCAUCUGACCAUGAUGUUGUUGUGUUGUAGAUGAGCAGCUGAACGCGGAGGAGAAGAAGAAGAGGAAACAGAGGAGGAACAGGACUACGUUCAACAGCAGCCAGCUGCAGGCUCUGGAGAGAGUGUUUGAGAGGACACACUACCCCGACGCCUUCGUCAGAGAGGACCUGGCACGCAGGGUCAACCUCACAGAGGCACGGGUGCAGGUAGGACCAUAGUAUGCCAUUUAGCAGACACUUUUAUCCAAAGCAUAAAUUUUUUCGUAUGGGUGGCCUCAUCGGCUCUACCAACUGAGCCACAGAGGACCGCUACCUCCCAGUCGUUAGCAUACUGUAAUCCUAAUAACCCCAGCCAGGUGAUCCUAAUAGGUGAUCCUCAGGCCCCCAAGUUGUUGUGUUAUCUCAUCAUAAGGAGGACUCCUCAGCACAAUCCUAAUAGGUGAUCCUCAGGCCCCCACGUUCUUGUGUUAUCUCAUCAUGGAAUCUAUUAGGUCCCAAGGACCUUUUGGCUAUUUCUCUAAAUCAGAUAUCUAUAUAAAACAAAAUAUUGGGUAGAUCUUGAUGGUACAGUUGUGUAUGUGUGGGUGCGUGAGUGAGAGAGAGACAGAGAAAAAGAGAGAAAAGGAGAGACUGAACAAGAGAGAAGGAGAGGGAGCGAACAUCUGCGAUUAAUGCGUACCAGAGCGGGAUGCAGAAAUCCUUUGAUAAAAUAGACUUUGGGCUCAUUCCUGAGGCAGUGCGUAAGCUGUGCCUCCCUGAGCCUCGGCGCUCCCAAAGCGUUUAAUAAUGGAUUUGAUUUCAGAGUGAGGAACGGCAUUAUUAGUUCCCCAGUCAGGCCCUUGAUCUGCUAACAAAGGAGGCAUGUGUCUGUGUGUGCGUGUAUGUGUGUGUGUGUAACAAAGAGAGAGAGUGUGUGUGUGUGUGUGUGGUUGAGUAUCGAAGGCUCGAUACUGAAGGGACAGUAUUUGAUCAUCAUGGUGUGCUGAGAGAUACGGCUGAGUGUUACAGUAUCUAUUAGAUAUGAACAAAACUAAAAAAAAAUGGCUUUUAAAACAUGCAUGUAAACCUAUUUUACACAUUGUAAAAAGUAAAACAUGGAUCUCAUGGAGAAGUGGUUCAUAUCAUUAAAUUCAGGAGUUAUAUAUGAUAUAGGUUCUGAAAUAUAAAGAUAUGAGUAACACUUUAUAUAGAGAUAUAUUGUAAAGGAUUUAUAUCGGUAUUAAAAGUAGUUUAUAAACUAGCUAAAUUAUACGUCUAUAAUUAUUGUCAUUAUCAAUUGGACUGCUUUCAUUCGAGGGACUACUGUACAUUCAUUCCGCUCAUUUGUAUAUAUUUUUUCCAGGUGUGGUUUCAGAACAGAAGGGCAAAGUUUCGUCGGAACGAGCGUGCCAUGCUGGCUAGCAAGAACGCCUCGCUCCUCAAGUCCUACUCCGGGGACAUCACGGCCGUGGAGCAGCCCAUUGUACCCCGUCCGGCCCCCCGCCCAAAUGACUACCUGUCCUGGGGCAGUGCCUCUCCUUACAGGUAGACCCCCCCCCCAUUGUCAUACCCUACCCCUACCCCUUUCACUGAAAACAUAAACCCAACCGCUCUGUCCUUCAGACCCCAGGCUCCCUCUCUCACCUCUUGCUCCUGCAAUAACCACACCUUAACCCUACCACCCCUUCCGUAAUGCCACCUCCAGCCCCAUCUCCCCUUACUAACACCCCACCAGCCCUAACCUCCAACCCCCUCUCCCCUCACUAACACCCUACCCACCACCCACCAUCCCUAACUUCCAACCCCCUCUCUCCUCACUAACACCCCACCCCACCACCCCUAACCUCCAACCCCCUCUCCCCUCAGUAACACCCCACCCUUCACCCCUAACCCCUAACCUCUAACCCUCUCUCCCCUCACUAACACCCCACCACCCCUAACCUCCAACCCUCUCUCCCCUCACUAACACCCCCCCCCCUAACCUCCAACCCCCUCUCCCCUCACCAACUCUGUUAUUGUUUAAUUUCCUCCCAUUACAUCUCUCCUCCUCCUCCUCCUCUUCCUCCUCUUCCUUCUCUUCCUCUUCCUCCUCCUCUUCCUCCUCCUCCUCUUCCUCUUCCUCUUCCUCCUCCUCUUCCUCCCCCUCCUCCUCUUCCUCCUCCUCUAUUACCUGCAUACUCCGCAUAUUUACACGAACCCCUCCAGAUCGCUCUUUUGGUCCACCUGGAUCCAAUGAAACUGUCACUGUAUUCGACCUUGGCUUUGAUAAACAAUAGUCAGGUUUAGACUAUAGUGUGUUUCUUUUUGGAGAUUUGUGUUACAAGUAAUGUAAAAAAAACCUUCCCCUAUUUGUCAUAGUUUUAGUGGUUAAAUUAUACUUUCCUCUCUGUCUCUCAGUUUUUGCCACAUUCUCUCCAAUUACUUUUCUUAUACUUAUCACAAACUAAUAUUCUAAAAACAAAAUGCAUGAAUGUUUUGUAUAAUCUAUGGUGACACAAUAUAGAUUGAGUCCUAUUUCUAGAACUACAGAUUAUCUGUAAACAGGUUAGUCUUUCUCUCUUUUCAUUCCUUCUCUCCAUUCUGCUUAACACGAGGGGGGGAUGAGAGAUCCAAUGACCCUCGUGAUGAGGUGAUAAUCUGAAAACAAACCGUAUUAAAUCCACUGUUGAUCCCUGUGACCUUCUCUGUUAUACAAUACCAAAUAAUGAACAUUAGAGCAACAGCAGACUCCACUGGGCAGGAUUUUUUGUGACUCUGGUUACAUUGGUUGUGAUUUACAGUAACCACCACCCCCCCCCUUAUGAAACACAGUAUAAAAUGUCUGGCCUGAUCGCUAUUGCUAAAAUACCCAUUCUCCAAUUGUACCUCAGUGGGGAACCCAUGUGGCCCAUGUGGUAGAGCAUGGCGCUUGCAACGCCAAGGUUGUGGGUUUGAUUCCCACGGGGGACAAGUAAGAAAAUGUAGGCACUCACUACUGUAAGUCGCUCUGGAUAAGAGUGUCUGCUAAAUGACUAAAUUGUAAAUUGGGAACGCUUUCUGGCCCAGCUGUACUCACUAUAGUGGAUAGUCACAUGACCAGAAGUAAUGCCAGUGAAUAAUAUCACACUAACGUGGUGCUAACACAUACAUCACCAUUUAUAUAUUCUUAUUAAGCUGGUACCCAAUGCCGGAGGGAGUGCCAAUGCGAGUGCCACAGAAAAUGCUGCCCUCACAAAGCAAGUACUCUUUCACUUUACUACAUGUGGUUCCUUUAUUUUUAAAUUUUUUUGGCUUGAAGUGUCUUGGUAUUUUCCAGAGUAAGUGAAAACAAAUGAAGUAUUCAGUCAUCAUUAAAAAGACUGCCAAAAUUUUGACUUUCACAGCCAUGAACAAUUAAACACAUUUGAUGUUUUCCUCAUGAUGAGUUCUAUGAUGUUAAUAUCGAUGCUAUUCUAGUUGAACUCACAUUGCCAUGUUGGCUCCAUCGCCGCUGGUUACAGUUCUAUCUGACCUUUGCCCUCUGUACCGUUCUCUCCUCCAGUGCCAUGGCAACCUACCCCCCCACAUGCUCCAACCCCAAUACAUCCCAGGGAAUGAACAUGGCUAACAGCAUCGCCAACCUGCGGCUAAAAGCAAAGGAGUACAGCUUGAACCAGGUGCCCACGGUCAACUGAGGAGAGAGGGGGGAGAGAGAGGCUUCACGGUGGGGGUGGGGGCAGGAGCAGGGACCCUCUCUCUCUCUCUCUCUCUCUCUCUCUCACGUCUGUCCCACACAGACAGUAAGACCCCAGCCUGGCCCCCACAGGGAUGAUUAAGAUCUGACCGCCCUCCAUUUUAGCUUGAAGUCUCCUUUCUUUCCGGAGCUAUAGAGAUGGAUGUGCUUCCUAUACUGUCUGCAAACCUGAAGCAUCUGAUGAGAAAGCAAGCGACGCCGUGGAAUCAUGAGAGGCUGUUUCUGUGAGCCGCCUCUCUCCUGUCCUGAGCAUCGCUGAACUGUCGCUGUCUGUACCAACCAAUUAUACCAAAGACAUCAACCAAUUAAACCAAAGACAUCUAGACUGGGACUGGAUGCUGUAUCAAAUGACUGUUUUUAAUUAUUUCUUUCAAUUAGGUUUUGACUAAAUGAAAGGCUAGUUUCCAAAGAUAUGGAAACCCUGACAGAAUAAAUCUGACUGUCAGGUUGUCAGUGUCUAUCUAUAGUUUGAUUCACGUUCAAGACCACAGUGCCUUCCUGGGGGUGAGGAGGAGACACCAGUAUGGACUACUUUUCAAAUGGAGUUCCCUGUAUUUUUAUAAUAGAACGUUCAAUAGGAUUAUAACAGCAGAAUGGGAUGAGCAACUUCCUGAUCAACAACAACAACAACAAGGACUUAUCCAUGUAAACUGGGAGGUUACAAACAUUUAUACAUUUUAAGAUGUUUUUUUCUUCACAUUUCUUUCCAUUUUAUUCCACUGACAAGCAAACUUUUUUUCCCGACGCAUUUUGAUUCAUAUAAUGCCAUGGUACACUAUACA